AUGCUAGCUCCAGCCCUAGAUGCUAUCAGCGGAGACCUCCAUAUCGGUCCGGAUGAAGCGAAUAUGGCUGUCUCCGUAUUCGUCCUUGCGUUUGCGUUUGGUCUGAUGGCUUUGGCCCCCAUGACGGAGCUUUCUGGGAGGUGGAAUGUCUGGAUACUUCCGUCGAUGUGGUAUGUGGUGUGGAAUACUGCGUGCGGGUUUGCCCACGGUAAGGGCUUGAUGCUUGUGGGAGGAGUUUUGGCUGGGUUAGGGGCCAGUACGGAGGUUGCAGUAUGUUUUGCAUGUUUCGAUAUGACCGUCUUCUUCUAUAUCAGCUCUAACCUUUCAGUGCCGGUCACCAAUCCCGUCCGCGGGGAUUGCUGGUGCCCAGAACGAGGCCACUCCUUCGCCAUCUCAACAGCGUCCUCACCGUCUACGCUUUCUUCUUUUCCAGAGAAACAUACGAGCAGCUCCUGCUUCACGGGAAAGCGGUGCUUCUCGGAAAACAAUCCGGUAUCCUACCAUACACAAUGGGAUAUGGCUCGUCUCCAUCUCAGCGGGGAGAUCGUACCGGGUGCUGUCGAGGUAUACAGUGACCUGUCCGACAUCUGCAGUCCGGAAAUGCUGGAGUUCGCAUCGACAACAUUCCUGCUGCCCUUUCUUUUGCUCGCGUUCCUUGCGGCGUUUCUCGCGCUCGCGACGGCUUCCUUCAAAGCUGCUCCCGGGGACGGACGGUUUUCUAGAGACACCACCAUUCUAUAA